GGGGAGAGGUCGGGAUGGGAGUCGGGAUAGACAAUGGGGAAGGAAAGGGGGGAGAGGACGGGAUAGGGAGGGGGAGAGGUUGGCAUGGGAGUCAGGAAGGGGACAGGGAGAGGCGAUGGAGGGAGAGGUCGACGAAGGAAGGGAAGGAGGGAGAAGUCAGGAUGGGAGUCGGCAGAGGUCGGGAUGGGAGUCGGGAAUGAAGAGAGAAGUAAGCGAAGGAAGGAAAGGGGGGAGAGGUCGGGAUGGGGAGGAGGAGAGGUCGGGAUGGGCGUCGGGAGGCCGCGAUGGACGGAUAGAGGAGGUCGGAGGCGAUGGAUGGGAAGAGGGAGAGAUCGGGAUGGGAGUCGGGAUGGGAGUCGGGAUAUGGUCGGGAUGGGGAGGGGGAGAGGUCGGGAGGGGGAGAGGUCGGGAUGGGAGUCGGGAGGAGGGAGGGAUGGAGGUCGGGAUACGGGAAAGGAUGUAGAGAACGGGAUGGGAAGGGGGAGUGGUUGGAAUCAGAGUCGGGAAGGGGAAGGGCGUCGGAAUAUGGUCGGGAUGGGGAGGGGCAGAGGUCGGGAUGGGAGUCGGGAGGAGGGAGGGAUUCAAGUCGGGAUACGGGAAAGGAGGGAGAGGUCGGGCUGGGGAGGGGAAGUGGUCGAGAUCGGAGUCGGGAAGGGGAAGGGCAGGAGGUCGGAGACGACGGAUGGGAAGGGGGAGACAUCGGGAUGGGAGUCGGGAUAUGGUCGGGAUAGGAAGGGGGAGAGGUUGGGAUGGGAGUCUGGAGGAGGGAGGAAUGGAGGUCGGGAUACGGGAAAGGAUGGAGAGGUCGGGAUGGGGAGGGGAAGUGGUGAGGGAGGGGAGAUCUAUGGAGAGAGAGGUCGGGAUAGAGGAGGGAGGAGGGAUCUAGCACGAAGAACGUCGGGACAGGUUGGGAUGGGAGUCGGGAAUAGAGAGAGAAGUAAGCGAACGAAGGAAAGGGGGAAGAGGUCGGAAUGGGGAGGAGAAAGGUUGCGAUCGAUGGAUAGAGGAGGUCGGAGGCGAUGGAUGGGAAGGGGGAGAGAUCGGGAUGGGAGUCAGGAUGGAUGGGAGUCCGGAGGAGGGAGGGAUGGAAGUCGGGACACGGGAAAGGAUGGACAAGUCGGGAUGCGGAGGGGAAGUGGUCGGGAUGGGAGUGAAGAAGGGGGAGGAGGACCAUCCCCGGGAUAGAGGAGGGGGGAUAGUGGUUGGGAUAGGGGAGAGGGAGAGGUGGGAAGGGGCAGAGAUGAGCACCGGGUACCCAGACCCGCAC